AUUUGUUUUAUAUUGUGGCAACGAGUUCAUUCCUUAUACAUUCAUCCGGUCACAAGAGAGAAUGCAUAAAAAGAUAUAAAUGCCAUUGGGCACGACGACAUUGGCACGACUAUUCUAAACUAUUUAAAAUUAAAGUAUCAGUAACCUAAAACAACUUAAUAAAUUCAACAAUAUGAGAAUGAAAUCACGAGAUAUUUUACGAUUCGUAUAUAUGGACUAUUCGGAAUUAUCGUAAUAAAACUUAUGGCUAAUGUAAUUGUUAAUGAAUCAGGAAUUUAUUUUUACUAGUAGAUUGUUUUGAAAUCAUAAGCAAUCAGUAUAAGGAACCGUAAAGAAAUAUAAGAAUGAUAUUUGCUUUUUCUUGUUAUUAAAUGUCAUUGAAGCAAACAGAAACAAAACCUUAGAAGUGGAGAAAAGAAUUAUUUUAUUAUCGACGACGAAGUGAACGAUUCGGGCGUGAAAUAUAUUCCUCAAGUAAACGAAACACACGAAAUUCUUCGUAUUGCAAUGGGUGAAACUGGCUGAAAACGUUAAUCAAGAACUCGUGCGGGUUUUCUUAUCUCACGUGGAACUUGAGCUUACAAUCUUCAAGAAUAUGUAAAAUUACAUGGACGUUUCGACUCUGUAAAUGUUGUCCACCUAGUUUUUGAUAAACUUCGAAAACGGUGCCACUAAACCAAAAUCUUAACUAUUCAAGUAGCAUAAGUUGAUCAAUCAGUUAAUCAGUGUGACAAUCAAGAUAAUCACUUGACGUCGUCGACCUAUUAUCAAAUCAAUUAUCGGGAUGAACUUUGAAAUAAUUUAUAAGCGACAGCAGUGAAAGUUUCGAUUCUUUUUAAAAAUAUUGCUUACAAGAAUAAAAAUGACGGAGCAGACAAGCGUAAAUAUAAAUGACGAACACGUUCGAAAGAAAAGGAAGUCUAGAAAUGGCAUAAAAAGUGUGUUGAAAGGAAUUACUCGCAACCAGAUACUAUUGUUAAUUGCAUUCGGUUACUGUAAUUUUGCUAUGGGUGCUUGUUAUGCAUUAUUAGCUCCUUUCUUUCCCAGAGAAGCCGAAUAUAAAGGAGCAUCUCCCACGAUUUAUGGAUUAAUAAUUGGUUUUUAUCAGCUGAUAGUAAUUGUUGUGUCGCCUAUUUGUGGAAAAAUGUCUUCACGUGUAUCACCUAAUCUUCUAGCUUACGGUGGAAUAUUCUUAUCUGGUUCCGCUAGUAUUUUAUUUGGAAUUCUAGAAUGGUCACCUCCUGGAAUUACUUUCAUAAUUUUAGCAUUUCUCAUUCGAAUGUUUGAUGCCAUGGGAUGGGCUGCUUACUUUACUUCAAGUUACGCUAUCGUUGCUAUGAAUUUUUCUGAAAAAAGAGCUACUGUCUUGUCUAUCGUAGAAACCAUUUUUGGUUUAGGUAUGAUUAUGGGUCCAACAAUAGGCGGUGCUUUAUAUCAAGUUGGUGGAUAUGCCAUACCUUUCGUUACCAUGGGAUGUAUUCUUUUAGUAGGUUCUUUUACGUCCUUUCUGAUCAUUCCUCCAUGUGGUGAAUUACCACCAGAAAAUCCUGGAAAUUUAAUAAAACUAUUGAAAAAUCCAACCUAUAUAAUCGAUUUAACAGUUUGUGUUAGUUGUUUUUUUGCUCUGGGAUUUAACGAUGCGACGUUAGAACCUCAUCUAAGAGAAUUUGGUUUAUCACCUGUAUUAUUAGGAACGGUUUUUAUUAUUUUAGGAGGUAUCUAUGCCCUUGGAUCUCCAAUUUGGGGUUAUUUAUGCGACACAAUAGGACACGUACAAAUUUUAUGUGCAGUUGGUAUAUUUUUAUCCAUGAUAGGAUUUUUAUUCAUCGGACCUGUACCAUUCAUACCAUUACCAACAACAUUAUGGUUAGUUAUUGUUGCUCAAGUGUUUCUAGGAUUAGGAAUGGGAGGAAAAUUAAUCUGUGCUUUCUUGCAUGCAAUGAUAGAAGCAAUAGAAACAGGCUUGCCGGAUGAUGUUUCUACGUACAGUAUAGUCUUUGGUACACUUACAUCCGCUUGUUCACUUGGUUCUUUUAUCGGGCCGUCAUUAGGUGGAUUUUUAUUAGAUCAUGUGGGGUAUAAAUAUGCAACAGUUUAUGUGGCUGGUAUAGAACUUGGAAUUGGUAUCAUUGUUGGAACUUUUGCAAUAUGGAAGAAGUUUCGACAUAAAACUGGUGAAGAAAUAUUUUUAUUAAAAGAAUAAAAUUGAAUGUAAAUAGAGAAAAAUAAAAAUUUUUAUGAUA